CCACCGGCGGAGGGGAGGGAGGGGGCCGGCUGGGCUCCAGCUGGAGGAGGGGCAGGCGGGGCGGGACCGCCGCGCUGCGGAGGUGCGCUCUGGUGCCCGGCCACCGCGGCCAUGGGACGUCCCGCGGUACCCCCGCGCCUCCCGCACGUCCCACACCCGCUCUUCUGGCUGCUCUGCCUCCUCCCGCAGCUGCUCAAAGCUGCCGGGCCAGGCCAAGCACCCAGAGACCAGCCCCUGUGGGCACUGCUGGAGCAGUACUGCCAUGCAGUCACCACCCUCACCAACCUCUCCGGUCCCGACUCCUACUGCAACACGACCCUGGACCAGAUCGGGACGUGCUGGCCCCAGAGCGCAGCCGGAGCCCUGGUGGACAGGCCGUGCCCCGAGUACUUCAACGGCGUCAAGUACAACACGACCCGGAAUGCCUACAGAGAGUGCUUGGAGAAUGGGACGUGGGCUUCACGGAUCAACUACUCACAGUGUGAGCCCAUUUUGGAUGAUAAGCAGAGGGAGUACGACCUGCACUACCGUGUUGCCCUCUUUGUCAACUACCUGGGUCACUGUGUUUCUGUGGCAGCCCUGGUGGCUGCCUUCCUACUUUUCCUGACCCUGCGGAGCAUUCGCUGCCUGCGGAAUGUGAUUCACUGGAACCUCAUCACCACCUUUAUCCUGCGAAAUGUCAUGUGGUUCCUGCUACAGCUCAUCGAUCAUGAAGUGCAUGAGAGUAAUGAGGUCUGGUGCCGCUGCAUCACCACCAUCUUCAACUACUUCGUGGUGACCAACUUCUUCUGGAUGUUCGUGGAGGGCUGCUACCUGCACACGGCCGUUGUCAUGACCUACUCCACUGAGCGCCUGCCCAAGUGGCUCUUCCUCUUCAUUGGAUGGUGUGUCCCCUGCCCAAUCAUCACCGCCUGGGCCAUCAGCAAACUCUAUUUUGAGAAUGAACAAUGCUGGUUUGGCAAGGAGCCUGGUGACCUGGUGGACUACAUCUAUCAGGGCCCCAUCAUCCUUGUGCUCUUGAUCAAUUUUGUAUUUCUAUUCAACAUCGUCAGGAUCCUAAUGACAAAAUUACGAGCGUCCACCACAUCGGAAGCGAUCCAGUAUAGGAAGGCAGUGAAGGCCACCCUGGUUCUCCUACCCCUUCUGGGCGUCACCUACAUGCUCUUCUUCGUCAACCCUGGGGAGGAUGACCUGUCGCAGAUUGUGUUCAUCUACUUCAACUCCUUCCUGCAGUCGUUCCAGGGUUUCUUUGUGUCUGUCUUCUACUGCUUCUUCAAUGGAGAGGAAUCCCACCUGAGGGGCUCGAGCCAAUUUAGAAGGUCAACAAUGCACGCCAAAUGCAAGAAUCCAGCACUCCACAAAUCCCUUGGAAAGAUGGAUGAGGAGGGGAGCCCAGGCUGCAGGAGAAAGAGGCCAGAACACAGGUGCGCUCUGCCGUGAGAAAGAGGUGGCACCGCUGGCAGGACCAUCACUCCCUCCGAGUGCCAGUGGCCGGAGCCAUGUCCAUCCCCACGUCGCCCACGCGGAUCAGCUUCCACAGUGUUAAGCAGACAGCUGCUGUGUGAGCCCCCAGGCGCCCCACGUGUGCAUCACUCUGCCGCCAGGACAGCUUUCUGAUCUCCCGCGCCUUUCUCUGGGUUCUCCUUGCCUCACGGGCCCUGGUGGGAGCAGAAAGGAGGGGAGAGCCCAGCUCACCAGUCCAGCAGGAGGGGCUGCGCAGCAGCACAGGGGGCUCUCAGGAACCAGGGCUGGCUGGGCCCCAAGUCUCAGUGCAAGAGGGAGCAGAGUGGGGUCACAGGACCCCCUCCACCAGAAGAGCCAAUCAUCCAUCUUCAAGCAUUCUCCCCCACCAGUUUUUCUGGCUGGAUCCUCACUGUAGCCCCAUUCACAGAUGAGGAAAUUGAGGCCUGGAGCCAGGAGGGGCCUGCCCAAGUCACACAGUUCAUGGCUGCCCCGGGGCUCCUCUGCCUCUCAAGGUGCAGGCCUUCCACCAGGUGUAGGUGAUGGUUGGCCCUGCUCCCUGCCUUCUGCCCCCACACUCAGUGCUGUCCUCUGCUGUUCCUGGAAAGGAUUACUCUGGUGGGCUUCAUCCCAGGGGCUGUCGCCUAGAGCCCUGACCUACAUCUUACCUGUAGCCUCAACUACACUCCACCCCUGACCAAGCCAUCCCUCACCCCACCCCAGCCAUCCUCCUGCCCCUGGGGCCCUGGGAAGGAUGCUGCUUUCUCUCCUGGGAGACCUCUUCUCAGCCUAGUCCACAGAUUGGGGCCUUGGGAAAGGGCAGGUGGGGAGGAAGAGGUGGCCAGUGUGCCCAUAUGCUCUUAAGCCAAGCAGAUACAUAUUGCAGGAUGAAACAGGAGGAGAAGCAUGGGGGAGGCUGGGAGAAGCAAGGGUUGGAAUAGUGGAAACCAAAGUAUGUCUUUGGUAACUGGAACUAGUGCCCCAGCCCCCACCUCAGCCUGGGCUUCAGCUUCCCUUUCAGCAACAGCAUCUCUGCUCUCUGUGAAAUAAACCAUGCCUCUGUGGAAA